AUGGAAUUACUGGUAAACUACUCAGUGGUAUCUGAGUUCAUUUUGUUGGGGCUCUCCAAAUCUCAGAAUCUUCAGAUCUUAUUCUUUUUGGGGUUCUUUGCUGUUUAUGUGGGGAUUGUGUUAGGGAACCUUCUCAUCUUGGUCACGGUGACCUUUGACUCUCGCCUUCACACACCGAUGUAUUUUCUUCUUAUAAAUCUCUCCUGUAUUGAUAUGAUCUUGGCUUCCUUUGCUACCCCUAAGAUGAUUGUGGAUUUCCUCCGCGAACAGAAGACCAUCUCUUGGUGGGGAUGCUAUUCUCAGAUGUUCUUCAUGCACCUUCUGGGUGGCAGUGAGAUGAUGCUGUUGGUAUCCAUGGCAAUAGAUAGGUAUGUUGCCAUCUGUAAACCCCUCCACUAUAUGACCAUCAUGAGCCCACGAGUGCUCGUUGGACUAGUGUUGACCUCUUACGCAGUUGGAUUUGUGCACUCAUCCAGUCAAAUGGCUUUCAUGUUGAACUUGCCCUUCUGUGGCCCCAAUGUCGUCGACAGCUUUUUCUGUGACCUUCCCCUUGUGAUCAAACUUGCCUGCAAGGAUACCUACAUGUUGCAACUCCUGGUUGUUGCUGACAGUGGCCUCCUGUCCCUCAUCUGCUUCCUCCUCUUGCUGGUUUCUUACACAAUCAUCAUAUACUCAGUUAGACACCGGGCUGCUAGUGGGUCCUCCAAGGCCUUCUCCACCCUCUCAGCACACAUCACAGUUGUGACUUUAUUCUUUGCCCCUUGUGUCUUUAUCUAUGUCUGGCCCUUCAACAGGUACUCUGUAGAUAAAAUCCUUUCUGUGUUUUACACAAUUUUCACGCCUCUCUUAAAUCCCAUUAUUUAUACCUUAAGGAACGAAGAGGUCAAAGCCGCCAUUAAGAAGAUAAGGACUCGGCAUAUAAAUUCGACACACUCUUUGUAGCUGGCAUCAGUGUGGAUGUCAUUAAGGAGUGGGGCGGUGGGGUGAUGUGGUGCAUCUGGAAGACUGCACCUGUUACAUGUACAAAGACCUGGAUUCAAGCCACUGGUCCCCCCCUGCCAGGGGAAGCUUCAGGAAUGGUGGAGCAGUGCUUCAACUUGCUCUCUUCCCACCUCCCUCUUCCCCACUCUAUUUCUUUCUGUCUCAGGAAAAAAAAAAAAAAAAAAGAAAAAUAGCUGCCAGAAAUACUGGACCCAUGCAGGCAAUUGAGCACCAAUGAUAACUCUGAUGGUAAAAAAAAAAAGAAAAGAAAAAAGAAAGGACUUUUAAAGUAUUCCAAGUUUUGUACAAGAAAAUGGCAGGUAUAGUUGCUAAGAAAGCAAUCCUUUUAAUUUUUUUUUCUUGUCCCCUUUAAGGGGUUAAAAACACGGUACCUGCGGUCUGUAAGAAACGUGUUUAUUCAAUUUAAUUUAAAGUCAUUUUCUACUUAUGACUAAUAGUAGUUUACAAGGUUUAGUUCUACACCACAUCCAUCACCAAAGCU